AUGCCUCUUAAAACUAAUAAAACUACGUCGCCUGGUGCGUUAUCAUCUAGUUUUGCAUUGCCUUCACCAAGUUUACAAGUGGAAGAUGGAUUCAGAUAUAGAUCGAGUGGAUCACCUACAUAUAAUAUUCAGAAUUUGUCUUUAGAAAAUACUGACUUUUCUGAGAAGUAUCCACCAAAUCCACUACAAUCGCCAACCAACAUUCAACCCUAUGUUGGCUUAUAUGGUCGAUUAUCUCUCGCAUGGAUAACAUAUCCUAUAAUAGCACUAUUCUUUAUAAUUUUUCGUCUCAGUGUAGCAAUGG